AUGUGUGUGGCCAACCUCAACGUAUCGACGCAACCAUGCUCUCAUCGCUGGUAUAGUCUCGUGAAACCAUGUACAAGCACAACAAACCUCGCCAACUGCCCUUCAAAACUCGCACUCGAAGGUUGGGAGACAAGACUGGAGUCCUGCCCUUGGUGCGAUGACUCAGCUUCCGACUCUGGAAUUCUUGACGACAGCAAUCACCGUCUCUUCGGCGGCAGUGUAUCUCGCUCCCGUAGUGGCAGUAUCGGAACUUCUGUCACUAGCCCCAUGCCUCUUGUUGCUGAGAGACAUCGUCGUCAGAGCAGUGCUACCAACUCGACUACUUCACUUUCGAGGAGCACAAGCAGCCGCAUCAUGCAAGACGACGAUGACGAAGCUGAAGAACUCGGCAGAGGUGAAAAGGCACGCAUGAUGAACUGGCGUCUUGAUGUCUACCUCAUGUCUCACCCUGAGCGAAAGCAGCGCUUGUUGCAAGAGGACGAGGGUAUCGCGCCCGAAGCCUCUGUGCCCGAGCAAGGUGGCUUGAGCAGAUCUGGCAGUAUCAGAAGAUCUGGCAGUCUGCUUGGCAAGAAAAUGAAGAAGGGUAUGCGUCUCGGCAAGACCAUCUUCAAGGGUUGA